CUCCCCACAAAUCCAGACCAGACCAGGCCAGAGGACCAAACCCUAGCUAGCUCGCCGCGCGCAACCCUCCCGCCAGAUCUCGCCGUCGAUCCCCGACCUCCCAUGGCCGCUCCCGCCCCCCGCCUCGCCGGCUUCUAGUUCGCGAGCUAGCCGCGCGCGGAUCGGGGUAACAAAGCAUGGAGGAGGACGCGGCCGCGGCGCCCGACUCGUGGGAGACGGCCGACCUCGACGGGGCCAUGAGCCGCCUGCUCCUCUCCUCCUCCUCCCCCGGUGGCGCCGCGCGAAGGGUCUCCUCCUCCUCCCCCGGUGGCGCCGCGCGAAGGGUCUCCUCCUCGCCCGACCUCGCCGACGACCACCAGGAGCAACCGCAGCAGCAGGCCGACGAUCCGGUCGCGCAGGUCGACCAGUUCCUCCGCGAGGCCCUCGAGAAGCCCCGCGAGCGCCUCCAAGUGCUACGGAUGGAGCAAGACAUUCUGAAGUUCCUUCGUGACCCUGGGCAGACGCAGUUUGAGUUCCAGGGUCUUCCGACUUCGUACCUGCGCCUCGCUGCGCACCGUCUGGCACAGCAUUAUUUCCUGAUAUCGAUCGCCCUGCCGGAUAACAGCCUGCCUGACGGAACCAGUUCGCGGAUCAUCCUUCGCAAAACGUCGGCUGAGUGCCGAUUGCCUGCUGUCCGCCUAGCUGAUAUUCCAGUUAAUCUCCCUCAAGAAGAGAGCAGCGCUGUGGCCACCAAAGUAGCUAUUAAGCAAAGGCCUCAGAAGAAUCAGCAUGGCGGCGCAGGCGCAGGUGCCAACUCUAACAGAGGCAACCUUCAGAAAAGCGUCGAGGAGAGGAAAGAGGAAUACAACAGGGCACGUGCUCGCAUAUUUAACAGCAGUAGUGGUAGCACUAGUCCGGUUGAUGGAAGACCAGCUGAUGAAGUGGUUUUGCCCAACACCCUACAUAGGUCCACUUCCUUGGAGUUGAACUCAAACACCAGGUUCGGUGAAUUGACUGAAGCUACCCUUGAAAGGAGUUUGACUAGCACCGCAUCUAGCAGCAGAUCAAAUAAUAGAAGCAGGAUUGACAAGGAGCCUCCAGUCAAUAGGGGCAGGCAAGGCAAUAGGGUGGCGAUAUUUCGAGACCGUGACUCUGAUCGCAAGGAUCCUGAUUAUGACAGAAGCUAUGACAGGUAUAUGCAAAGAUUUGAUCCUGGAUUUGGAUUUAAUGGCGGCGCGUACACCAUUCAACCUUUGUAUGCUCCUGCUGUUACCUACAACACUGAGUUCCCCCAGCUUGGGUCACCACAAAUGUCUCCUGUUCCUGUUGAACAGCAGCAGCCCCAUCCAAUGGCUCAGCACAUGCCUGGGCCCUGGUCGCCGGCUCAAUCACCUAAUGCCGUUGGCUACAGGCCUCCAGAUGGUGUUAUGCCACCCUACAGUCCUGGUCAAGCUGGUGCUCCUGUCAGAUCUUCUGUUUUCAUGCAUGCUUCCCAGCAAUAUGCCAUGCCUUCACGCCCAGGGGUCACAUUUGUACAUCCACAGGAUUCCAUGCGACCAUUUGCACAGACUCACCACCAACAACAAUCUGAAGCUAGUCUACGCUUAGCCCGGCCCCGGUGAGGGGCCUGGGCGUGCCUGCUCCUGCCAGCAUGGGCCGAACUUCCAACUCAAAUCGGAUGAGAUAUCCUUCUCAUUUCUGGCUGGCAGGAGCAGGCAUGAAAGAACCGAGAAGCGCCGGGCCGAGCUAGUCAUUUGCCUGAUACUGUCAUGCCCGUGCGCUUCUCGGUGUUGUUCCUCCCUGCACAUUGAGAUGCAGGCGGGGCACCGUACUCCUUCAUCGGUGGAUUAAACUGCAGACAGUUGCGUGGGCCUCAGAAGUCCAUGACACAUGGAAAGAAGCUGAGAAGUCUAGGGCAGAGCCGGUCGCCGUCUCGCCCUUGCUCGGGUUCUUUGUUCUUGGCGUUGCUGCUUCCCCUUGCAUACUUGAGAUGCAGGAGGGGCACAUGUUGCCGCCACUGGCUCCUCGGAACACGAGUGGCGCCACGUGAGCUGCAAUAGAAGAGAAGAGAAGAGAAUGGCGUGGGGACAUCCAGCAUGUGGAUCGACAGCCGGGACCUGGCUGCCCGACUGGAGCACUAGGCCCGGCGCUUCUCUUGCUUCCAGCCGAAGCCGCAGCAUGGUGGCUUGAAGCUGCGCGGCAUGAUAUGGUGUGGAGGCAAGCUGCAUCGACUGCCGCCCGGCAUGCCACCCUUGCUCCCAGUGUCUGCAGGGAACUGCCGCUGAUGAUGAUGACGACGACGACGAAGAGUUUCCAGUCCUGGCUUUGUGUUGUCUUAAGAUUCUUGUUCAUUCAAACUUGGUAGUAGUAGUAGUAGUAGAGUACCAGUAUCUGUGUCUGUACAUGGUAGCAGUUGGGGGUCACUCACCAUCGACUUGUUUAUUAAUUAACUAUGUCGUUAUCAGGUUACAACUUGAGUUGCAGCUGUUGUUAAGCUCCAUUAGUGCUUUGAACUGAA